AUGCGGCGUCUGUCCGGGCUGCGUCCUGCCGAGCCGGGUGAGUUCACACGCCGUGCUUUCCACCGGGGGAAGCUGGACCUGACGGCAGCUGAAGGGCUGCGGGACCUCAUCCAUGCUGAGACCGAGGCGCAGCGGCAGCAGGCACUGAGGCAGAUGGAGGGCGAGCUGGGGAGGCUGUACCAGCAGUGGGGUGAGACCCUCACCCAGGCCCUCGCUCAUAUCGAAGCGUACAUCGACUUCAGUGAAGAUGACAACGUGGAGGAAGAGGUGUUGUCCCAAGUGGAUGCAGCCGUGCAGACCCUGGAGCAGGAGAUUGCUGCACACCUGCAGGAUGGGCGCCGAGGGGAGCUGCUGCGCUCGGGGGUCCGCGCCGUCAUCGCCGGACCCCCCAACGUGGGCAAGAGCAGUCUGCUCAACCUGCUGUGCCAGCGCCCGGCUGCCAUCGUGUCCCCAGUGGCAGGGACCACGCGGGACGUGGUGGAGGUGUCCCUGAAUGUCAGUGGUUACCCCGUGGUGCUGAGUGACACGGCGGGGCUGCGUGAUGCCACCGACCCCAUCGAGCAGGAGGGAGUCAGCCGUGCUCGGGACCGCCUGCAGCAUGCAGACCUGGUGCUGGCCGUGUUGGAUGCCACCACAGUGCCUACUGAGCCGGCUGAGCUGGGGGCUGCCCUGGGCUCCUUGGUGCCCCCCACCACUCCCUGCAUCCUGGUUCUCAACAAGGCCGACCUGCUGGGGGGGCACACGAGGGCUCUAUGCGAUGCCUGCGCCCACAGACCCCCGCUGCCCCCCACCACCCUGCUGUCCUGCAAGACGGGUGAAGGCACCGACAGCCUCCUACAGCUGCUGGGGCAGCAGCUGGCACAGCUGUGAGUGCCACGGAUCUGGGGUGGGGGGCGCAGGAUGGCACCGGACCUA